UCUUUGCAUUCAUCUGUGCUUGUCGUGUGCGGCUGACGAUUCUUCGUCCGGAGUUUGCUAUAUACUCCAGGACGAUUUAUGACAUCUUCUUUCAGCUGCGUAUUCUCGUGAGGGGAUAUCCCUUCCACCUCUCAUCCCGUUUCUGCCGGCCACCCUCCCCGCGGCCGUCUAAGCCACCGUCUCGGCCGCGGCCAGAUCGCCACCGAAAUCGCACCGACGGAUUGCAUUCCAGUGCCCGCCCCCGAACAGAGCGAUAGCUACACGCAGUCGCAAACGCCGGGACAAUUGGUGUCACUCUGCUUUACCAAAGGGCAGGCGCAGGCGUUUCUGAUUCAGUAGCGACCACAGGAAGACUGGACAUAAUCGCGUCACGCUUUCUCGCCCGUUCGUCUAGGUACCCAGGUUGAAAGACAAGGUUUCUCACUUUGUCCGCAACUUACCGGCUCUGGGAGACGGGAUUCAGCUGCGCAAGGUCACUCGUCUCCGACUUUGACUUGUGAUUAUCCCCAUUUGCUCAAACACACCGAGGCAAAGCGAACAUCGAAAAGGCGGAGAAGGGAAAAAGCAGGAUCCCGCUCGACACCGAACGACUGGGUACACAGGAUAACCGGGACGCCUUACUUCUUGUUCCCGUGUUCCCCGCCUGUCAUACACGAACCUGUUCUGCCGCCAGACCGCUUCAUUGUUUUCUUGGCGACGAGGUUCCUCGUGCCUGGGACAACUCAAUCUUAUUAAGCCAGCCAAGAGAUACAGAAGAGCAGUUCCCUUGCUAUUUCCUAGUUCCUACCAAUCCACUCUUGUGCAGAGCGCUAGACUUGGCUCCCGAACUGUUCGAAGAUUGGCUGCCGGUAGAAAGUUUAACAACGCCUACGCCAAAGAUCGCGAAUCUGGGCAGACGGGCAAGACCCCAUUCGCGAAUUCCAGUCCAACAGCACCCAAAAGGCAGAACAACAUCAGAAGAGGAAAUCAGAGACUAUUUGGAAGUGUCUUGAAUGCUUCUUUCACAAUGGGCUGGUUCGACCGCAAAAAGGCCGUCAAGCAUGGCCCCGAGCCGGUCAAACCGAUGCCAAUGAAUAACCACCACCAAAACAUAAACCCUUCCCAAUAUCACGCACCACCACAUCCACCCACGCAGCAAUCUUCACGAUAUGCUACCUCGACGACCCAGACGCCGCCGUACUGGCAGCCUCAGCCGGGAAGCCAGGGACAGUACCAACAUCCCCCGCCUCCAUAUCGCCAUCCACAACCACAGCAUCCUCAUCAACAGCAGCAGCCUCAUCGCCCGCAAGGCUGGUCACAGCAAUACCCUCAGCAACAACAACCCAUCGUGGUGAACCAGCACUACUACCUCCACCCACCACCAUCACACCUCGCUCUCCCCGCGCCGCCAACCGCACCGACGACGUCAACUGCGACCGGACACCCCAUCGGCCUGGACAAGUUUACCGGCUCCGUGGUGACCAUCGCCAAAGACUUUACGUCCCCCAACUUCCUCGAGGAGCCAAACUUCCACCCGCACGCCACGCAGCUCAUCAACUCCACCGCUGCGUGCGUCGACCAGAUUGCAGGGUGCUUCAACGAUGUUAUGACGCUGAUUGAUCGGGACCGGAUGGUGGGUAACGAGAAGGCUUUGUUCACGUACCAGAAUGGCGGCGGUGGAAGCGGCGCGGUGCAGCAGUCCACGUCGUCGGGAGAUGGGAAGAGGAGCGGUGGAAGCGGGGGAAGAGGCGAGAAGAGCGGGCAGCAGAAGAAGAGUAAGGAAACUUCUUCGUCCGGGUCAAAGGGCCAAUCUGCGGCUGUGGCGACGUGUGUGGUGUCGGGGGGUUACUUUGCCAAAGUCGAGUUAUACGCCAACUCAAAGCUGCCAAUGAACCUCCCGCCCCUGAGACUCUACAUGCCAACCUGGCCCCUCCUCUGCAUGGCCGCCCAAUACGCAGAACGCGUCUACGACCACCCCAAAGGCGCCGAGCGCGACGCCCACGUCUCGGCAGACUGGAAAACCGGCACGAAAGCAAUGGUCAUCAAGUCCGUCCCCAUGGACCACAUGAACACCAUCGUCUUCGCCAUCCGCGGCUCCGCCACCUUCAUGGACUGGGCCGUCAACCUCAACACCGCACCGGCGUCCCCCGACGGCUUCCUCGACGACGCGGGGAACUCGUGCCACGCCGGCUUUUUGGCGGUCGCGCGCAAGAUGGUGAAGCCCGUCGCGGCGCGGCUGCGGCAGUUACUCGAGGAGGACCCGGGGCGGGCGGCGUAUAGUCUGCUGAUCACGGGGCAUUCUGCGGGCGGGGCGGUGGCGAGCUUGUUGUAUGCGCAUAUGCUGUCUACGUCGCCCAGGGCCGGGAGCGAGCUGAACGCGUUGACGGGGUGCUUUAAGAGGGUGCAUUGCGUCACGUUUGGGACGCCGCCUGUGAGUUUGUUGCCGUUGAAGAGGCCGGAGAGGGCGGAGCUGAGGAAGAGUCUGUUCUUGACGUUUGUGAAUGAGGGGGAUCCGAUUCCGAGGGCGGAUAAGGCGUAUGUGAAGAGUUUGUUGGAGUUGUACGCCAGCCCGGCGCCGUCGGUGACGAAUUUUUCUGGGGGCUGUGAGUCUGGGGGGGAGAAGAAGGGGAGAUUGGCUGCCAAGGCGAGCAAGAUGUCGCUGAGGAAUAAGGAGAGUAAGAUGUCGCUGGUUCCGCAUGCGGCUGGUAGGGAGUCGGAGAGGGAUCGGGAGAGGAGGAGGAGGGAGGGGAGCGGCAAGCCGGUGUGGCAUCUCCCGCCUGGGACGCUGAGCUCACCGGGGAGGAUCAUUGUGUUGCGGGGCGGAGACCCGAAGGCGAGGCCGAGGGACCGCAAGACGGUGGCGGAGAGGCUUGAUGAGGGCGUCGUCGCGCAGACUGUGUCUGACGAGGAGCUGAGGGGUGUGAUUUGGGGGGAUCCGGUCUGCCAUGUCAUGAAGUUGUAUUCCGGGCGGAUUGAGACGUUGGCUGUUGGAGCUGUUACCGGGAGGCAGAAGUAGAUGAGAGGGCUGGUACCAGUGAGAUAUGGGCGAGGGGGUAGAUCGACGGGUUUGAUGAGGCGUUUGGGUUUGGU